GUCGGUCCGUUCUUCUUUUCUUUUCAUCCUCAUGUAAACACUCAUUUCCAUUCCUUCAAUGAAAUCUAUAGAAAGAAGUCCAGUAGUUCAACGACAAAACGUAAUCAACCCUGUAACUACUGCUCCAGCACCCUCUCAUUCACCCCAAAACCAAUCUCAACCCCCCAAACAAUCACUCGAAAAACGUCCCCCUCCAAACUUGAACCCCAAUCUCAAUAAUCCAAGUCCAAAUCUAAACCCAAAUCUCAACUUUCGUGACCGCGAGACUAUGCGAGACCGUGAUGGCCCUCUCCGCGACCUUACCCGUGAACAAGGUCUACACAUCCGUGACCCUGUUUUGUUACCGAGGGAUAGAGACCCUGCCUUGUUGCCCAGAGAGCGCGAACCUACCUUACUUCCCAGAGAUCCAGGUCUAUUACCGCGUGACAGAGACAUCCGUGAUCCCACUCUCCUUCCGAGAGAACGUGAUGGCGCUAGAGAACGAGAACCAGGUUUACAGCGUGAUGCCGUUCUACUCCCCAGAGAACGUGACACUCCUCUACUACCAAGAGAAAGAGACCCACGAGACCCAUUGCUCACCAGAGACAGAGAUCCGCAUUUCCCACGCGAGCGAGACCCUCUCCUAGUGCGCGAGCCGCUCAUACCUGGCAGAGAACCCCUUGCACGCGAAAGGGAAAGAGACCCCAUUCUCCAACGCUAUCGAGAUGAGCGGGAGAGAGAUAUGGAUGUGAUACGUGCAGCUGCUCGAGAGAGGGAACAUGAGAUGGAGAGGCGGGAGAUGGGCAUGGAGAGAAGAGAGCCUUUGGGUUUGGAUAGACGGGACCCACCUAUGGACAGGCGUGACCCGCUCAUGGACAGACGUGACUCGGCUAUGGAAAGACGUGACCCCGUUAUGGACAGACGUGACCCCGUUAUGGACAGGCGUGACCCACCCAUGGAUAGGCGUGAUCCAGCUAUGGACAGACGUGAUCCAGCUAUAGACAGACGCGACCCACCCAUGGACAGACGUGAUCCACCCAUGGACAGACACCGCCCUCGCCCUCCCUCCGAACGUGGUCCCGUCCCCGCAGGCCCCGGCGUCCUGCAGCUCCACCCUGGUCCUAUCCUUCCCCAUCCGCACACGCAUGCGCCGCAGCCAGAGCGUGAUAGGGAGAGUCAGAGGGAAAGAGAGCGCGAACGCGAAAGAGAACGCUCCCAUGCUAUCGCCCCCCCUCUAGACCGCGAGCGCGAGAUGACGAUCCACAGGGAACGAGAAGCGUUGCGUGAGAGAGCGGAGAGGGAGCUUUUGCAGCAACAGCAGCAGCAACGGGAUCGUGACAGAGAUCGAGAAAGGGAACGCCCAGGAGACAUGCAGCGAGAUAAACCUAACGUCGGGGACCGAGAGAGGGUAGGACCUAACCCUAACCCUGGGCCGGGCUCAGGACCCAGCAGCCAUCGUGCAUCUCCACUCUCCCGACCUCCCUACGUACCGGCGAACACCCACACCCACCCAUCGCCUCACGCACAUAAUACUCACGGACACACACCGAGCCAUGGGCAUGUGCACAUACCACCACCACAUAAUUCUCAUAUCCAGCAGGGUCGUGGGCGGAUGUUACCUGGCCAAGGGCAGUUCCAGGCGUUGCCUCCUCCACAUCCGCAUCCGCAUGAAUGGGAUAGGGACAGGGACAAUAGGGAUAGGGAACAUACGCAAAGUCAGAGAGUGGACAGGGAGCGUGUGGAUCUGAGGCUUCCUGGUCCUGAGAGAGAGAGGCACCGGGACAGAGAUAGGGAUAGGGAGCAGAGAGAACGCUUGCCUACUGAUCAACGGUUGAGCGAACGUCCGGGUCCGGGGGAGAUCCUACAGUUGAGAGAUCCAGCGCUUUUGGUGAGGGAUCGAGAGAACAGUAGUGUCGGUGUCGGUGGUGGGGGGAGGGAGCAGCGGGGUGAAUUUGUGAGAGAGCGGGAGAGAGCGGGGGAGAGAGAACACGAGCAGAAGGUGUUGUCGGAUCGAGAGAGGGAGCUUAGGGCUCUUGAACAGCCUGAUCGACGAGUUGGACGUCGUACGCAUUCACAUUCGCAAGCUCCGACUCAGGUACACUCGCGGAUGCCGUCUCCUAUGGUAGAGGAGAGGGAGAGAGCGAUGCUGGAACGCGAACGCGAGCGUGAGCACUUUGAGCGUGAGAGGAUGGAAAGAGAGAGAUUGGAGAGGGAGCACCUUGAGCGGGAGUACAUGGAACGAGAGCGUGAGCGGGGGAUGAAUAUGAGUAUCGCCGAGCGGGAAAGGAUGGAGCGCGAACAUCUCGAACGUAUGGAACGACAGCAGCAUCUCGACGCCCUCGAGCGUGAGCGCUUUGACGCUCGUGAACGCGAACACGACCUCAUUUCGCGCGAACACAUCGAAGCUCGUGAGCGUGCGGACCGCUUAAAUCUUGAGGCAAUAGAGCGUGAACGCGCUGAACGUGAAGCCUUCGAGCGUCUUCCCACCCCGCAGGAGCUUGCCCUGCUUCUGCAAUCCCGAAUGGAGCGUCCGCAUAUCAGCCUUGGCUCAUGGGUGCUCCCUGCAUUGCCGUUCCCCUGGUUUUUUGGAGACCACAUGCCCUGCAUGAAGCAAGGAGAUGCACAGGAGAUCGGAAGAGAUGGCUUGGUUGUCCCUCCAGAAGUACGUCUCACCGUCCUCAUUCCGUCCUCUUUCCUCCCUGCCUCCAGGCCACACAAGCUGCGGUUAUGGGGUGGAGGAUUAUUGCCCCCUCCGCCAAUACAGUUCUGGCCAGUACAUACGAACUUGAGCAACACAGCAGGAAACGGUUCUGGCCCAUCUGGAUCAAGUGCUACGUCUAACCCCUCAGGAUCUGUCGUAAGGACCGCACCAAACCCUGCACCACCCACCUACCAUCCAAUGCACGCUCCCCGCCGACGCGUCUACACCGACGACUCAAACGUUCUCGCAUGUGCCGUGCACGCUGGUGUUCUAACAUGGAGUGCCGUCUCCCGCGCAAAAAAAGAAGGCAAAGACAUCAAAAUCGUGCUUGGAGUCGUGCCCACCGUAUCAAGUUAUGGAGGUAGCGUCGCGGGCGAUGCAAACCACAUAGAUCCUCCUGUAGUUGCAGGUGUCGGACCAGCAAAUGGCACGCCCUCGAACGGCAUUACACCCGCUGUAUCAGCAUCGAACGGGAUCACGCCUAGCACCUCACAAUCUUCCGCUUCGCAGCCUACCGUAUCGUCUCAUGGUUCUGUGAGCAAUGGUACUCGUGGUAUUGCUGGAGCUACGGCGCUUGACGGGAUGGGUUAUGCAGGUGGUGUCUGGGCAAGUCGGUUCGUGGGUGGAUGGGGGGAGGCGUUUUAUGGGCACCCGAGUGCGGGGUAUUGUGCUGCGAGCGUGAAUGAUGCUACGAGUGGUGAUUCGAGACAGAGGAGCUUUGAAGAGGAAGCGGAGGAUGAUGGGAGGGGGGUCGUUAGUGCUGGCUGGGGGUGGGGGCAUGAUGGGAGUGCGAUUGAGGUUGUGCAUGUUGAGGUCGUUGAGAAGGGCUCUGCGCGCGGUCCUGGGCUUGGGCGACGCAAUAGGUCACAACGAUUGCAAGAAUAUGCGUCGCGUCGUGCGGCUUUGGCCCUUGCUCCUGCAACAUCGGCCUCGCCACCACCGUGCACACACUUGUUCGCUGACGUCACAAACGGCCGCAAGCGACGCUGGUUUACUCUCGACAAUAUCGACGUGAAUGAGAAAAUAAAAGUCGACCCCGAGAAUCUAGAAGAGCUCCAGAAGAUGCACGCGCGGACGCUGGUGUUUGGUGACUCGGGGACGGGUGCUGGAUUCAAAUACACUCCGAUUCUCCUUGCGUGUGCGCUCUUCCCGCAUCUAGCAGAUCCUGCUGUACGUGUAUCUUUGCCUCGAAAGCGGCGGAAGAUCCUGCAUGCGCAGGACCCACAUGCAGGGGCAGGGGACGUGCGAAUGGACAUAGACGGUGUCGGGGAAGAGACUGGAGACGAAGGACGUGCGGUGGUUCUCGAGAGUGACAGCGAGACGUACCUUGUUGCUCCUGGGCCUAGCCCGAGUGAAGGAUUCGUGCUGUCUAUCCUUCUGGCCACACCUACAAACGGGAAGAUUAUGGACGCUGUUGAGGAACCUGCGAACGAUAAGAACACAGUAACAACAGCUUCUGCGCCCAAGAUAACACCUCCCGCUUCGAGUGCUAGUGAAAACCCGACCACUACUUCCGAUGUGCCAAAAGAUGACCAAAAAACACCAGUCCCAGUCCCAGAUCCACCUCUGCCUCAGCCUAUAUCUACUUCUCCGCCUUCAGAAAAGACGGUGCCUCAGAGUAGUCGUACGAAGGUCGUCCGAAGCAACCUCCAGGAUACGGAUUUCAAGUUUGAGCAGGAUUGUGUUGUUGUGUGUGGGCAGGGUGAGGAUAUGAGGGUGAGAGUGGUGCGGUGGAGAUGGUAUUUAUAAUAAUACUUAGAGGAUUUUUUUGCGCUUAUUAUUAGGCUUGGAAUUAAUAUUGUUUUGGCGCUGCUCUGAGGUGGGCUGAUUCCGAAG